UUGAACCGUGAAGGAGUGAUUCUAAUUACGCACAGACGUUUUUCAGUAAUUUGCUACUUCAACUGUUUAUUUCGCGAAUAAAAUGGCAAAUAAGUCAAAGAAAGUUACCUCUAAGACUAGAUACACGAAUGUAGAAAUUAUUUUGGAAGAGAUUGCCCGGGAUAGUGAGACAGAUUUGGCAGAGAUUGAAGACUCCAUCAGCUCCCAUAGUUUCGAUUCUGAAACUGAGGACUAUUUUUUGAACGGAGAGGACAUCGUUUUGGACUGUGGCACUGACUCCGACUGGGAGCCCCCAGUGCCAAGGUGUCCAUCCCCCUCUGAAGCUGGUUCAUCCAGCUGUACCCCUGCUGUCUCUGGCUCCACACCUCCCGGGCCAUCUAGAGGUGUGAAGAGUAAGAGGGGAAGUGUGCCACCCACUAACAGAGGGACAGAAGGGCGUUGGCACACCGUCCUAGAAGAUGAUGUGGAGCCACCACAACCAACUUUUAGGCCGAUAAGGAAGCCAGGACCUCAGGUGAACCCGACCUCCACUUACACCCCCCUUCAGCUUUUCCAACUGUUUUUUACACCAUCUGUUGUAGGUUCGCUCAACACAAAUAAGAAUGGGAAGAAGAAACAAGCGGGCAAAAAGGUAGCAUGGAAGCCCAUAUCCAUGUCAAGAGUUUUUCUGCUACCUUUCUCUGGUCAUCUACAUGGGGCUGGUGAAGCUGAAAAGCCUGAAGGACUACUGGAAAACAUCAGCUCUGUACAAAUUGCCUUUCCCCAUGACUGUUAUGUCCUGCAAAAAGUUUCUGAUUAUUUCACAGGCGCUUCACAUCAGUGACCCAAAGGUUGAUGAAGAGAAUGAGAAGAAGAGGGGCACAGCAGCGUUUGAUAGACUGUGCAAUAUCAAGCCGCUCUACCACAGCAUUGUUAAGGCCUGCAAGGCGUAUUUUCAGCCAGCCCAGAACGUGUCAAUCGAUGAGAGGAUGGUAUCCUCAAAGGCCAGAAUUGGACUCAAACAGUACAUGAGAAACAAACCAACCAAGUGGGGUUACAAGCUGUUUGUUUUGGCUGAUUCUGCAUGUGCCUACACAUGCAAUUUCUUUGUCUACGAGGGGAAGAACAGUUUUGCUACCGGUAAGGGACUCAGCUAUGACUCUGUAAUGGCGUUAUUGGAUGUUCAACUGCUAGGGAAGGGUUACAAACUGUUUGUGGAUAACUUCUACACAAGCCCUACCCUGUUUGCAGACCUAAGGAAGCUGGAUGUAUGGGCUUGUGGCACCAUUCGUACCAACAGGGUGGGCUUUCCAAAGACGAAGGUGAACGACAUGCCUGAGCGGAGGAGCAUGCGAUGGAUCCGUGAAGAUGGCCUGCUUUUUGUAAAGUGGAUGGAUACCAGAGAGGUGGUGAUGUGCUCCACUAUCCACAAGUUCUUCAGUGGAGAUAGUGUUGUCAGGCGUGUGAAGGACGGUGCCGGGGCAUGGACCACCAAAAAUGUCCCCAUUCCAACUGCAGUGAAGGACUACAACAAGAGCAUGGGAGGAGUCGACCUUUCGGACGCGCUAAUCGGCUACUACAAUGUUCUCCACAAGACAAUGAAAUGGUACAAGACCUUCUUCUAUCAUUUCAUCGACAUUGCCGUAGUGAAUGCAUUCAUCCUACACAAGGAAAUGGCAACGAGCUGUGGAAAGCCCUUCCUCUCACAGAAAGACUUCAGAGAGCAGCUCAUCAAGGAGCUUGCUGGCUACAGCACCACUGCAGCAAGCCCUGUCCCUUCUGCUCCUGCCACAAGUGUUCAUCUGCCCAAAUAUAUUUGUGCAGGCAUGGAUGUGCCUAAGGGCCAAAAGGGCACAGCAUGGAGGCGUUGCUGUGUUGUUUGCAAGAUGAAGUCUCCCAUCACAUGCAGCACAUGCUCGGUGACCCUCUGCUUUACAUCAGAGAGAGACUGCUAUGGCAUCUGGCAUCAGCAGCAGAACAUUGUCUAGAGUUUUGGCAAUGUUGGUGGGGUUAUAUGGCAAAGUGGGUCUGCGGUCUAGCUGAGAACACCAGUCUGCAGUCUAGCUGAGAACACCAGUCUGCAUUCUAGCUGAGCUAGGGUCAUUAUGUUAUAUCUGUAGUAUUUUUCCUGUCUUACCUGGUGUCUUGUGUGAAUUUAAGUCUGCUCUCUUUCUCUCCUUCUUUCUCUCGGUGGACUUGAACCCCUGGGACAAUGCUUCAGGACUACCUGCCAUGAUGACUCCUUGCUGUCCCCAGUCCACCUGGCCUUGCCGCUGUUCCAGUUUCAACUGUUCUGCCUGCUGCUAUGGAACCCUAAACUGUUAAUUUUUUCUCCUGAGGUGCUGUCCUGUUUCACACUACAAAAACACUGAUCUCCACCCCUCAUUGCCUUGUUUCUUCCUAGGUUUUUGCCUUUCUAGGUUGUUUUUCUUAGCCACCGUGCUUCUACACCUGCAUUGCAUGCUGUUUGGGGUUUUAGGCUGGGGCUAUGUAAAUAGAUUUGAUAGAGGACUGAGGGUGUGUAAAAGUGUGUAAAUAGUUACCCAUGUUUAUUUGUAAAUGUAUGUAUAUAUUUUGUUUUUCAUAACAUUUUUUCCCCCAAAAUUUUUUUACAUUUUUGUGGGGGGGUGUGUUAGAGUACCAUUUUGGUAUUUUGUAUAUAGUUAUUGGUUUCAAAAUGUGUACUUCACCAAUUUGGUCACUUGGGUACAUUUGGGUAACUUGUGUGGGACACCUGGGUGACUUCACAAUAAAUGUUAUGUAGCACACUCAUUUUGGAAGUUAUCAUUUUGAAAUUUUGCACAGGUCCUGUUGCCCUCUUAAUUUUUGCACUAAAAUUGUCCCCAUCGUCUUAUCUGCAUUUUUGUUUUAUCUUGUUCACUUGAAAGAUGAUAC